AUGAGAGAACAGAGCGAAGAGGCCCGGCUGCAACGGCUACUGGGCAGGUUGAAGAGUCAGGGGAUGUUCGAUGAGGUGAAAGAAGACACCGUGGACAAAAAUGUAAUAAAAAAAAUUGCCAUCCUGUAUGACGUGUUCAGGCGGAUAAAUGAGGGGAACGGAGCCAUAGGUGCGAGUGGUAACUGCGACUUUGUAUACACCAGCGACAUUAAGUAUGCAUUAAAAUACGACAACUUCGUGAGGGUCAGGUUUCACAUAAUACCCGUGGAGAGAAAAAAAGGAAUUCUUCAAUUGGGAGAGGAAGAAGAAAAAAAUUAUCAUUUCAUUCAAAAUAUGAACAACAUCGUUAGUAAUAUUUACAACCCCUCCAGUUAUGACCAAUUUUUAAAUAACAGAGUGGAGGAAGACAAAGAAAAAUUAAAGUGCAUGAUGAAAUGUCUUAACGAAAUUGAGUCCGCAUAUAUAUACAGGUACCGCAGUGACAAUAAUAUUAAAUUAACGUUUGAAAUUUUUUGUCACAACUUUUAUACCUUUUUGUCGUAUGAUUAUAAAAGGAAGUCGUGCAUACAGAAUUUUCGUAAUAAGUAUUCGAACGUACAAGUGAGCAACCCCUUUCAGUUGUCCACUCCUCAAAAUAUGAUUCACAUAAACUCGAUUGGAACUGUGAUGCACUCUUCCAGCGACCAGUACGAGAGAGACACACUGGACACACUCAAGCCUUUCAUCCUCGAGUCCCUUGAGAUGGUCAAGGAGCUGCACGGCACGGGGGGUAGCAAGCAGUACCCCUUUGGUGGAGCCCAACUGGACAACGACUUCUUCGUUAAGAAUGCGCACUACGAGGAUGACAUGCGGGGUCUCAUUCGCAUGGAGCGGGCGGCCAACGAACAGGAGGGGCACAAAAUAGAACUGAUGCUGGGGAAGCACCGGAAGAGGAAAAUCAACCCGCCCCUCUACCCAGUACACCCAAAUGAAGAAAAAAAAAAAAACCUCAACAAUUUCAUAACCUACAAGGAUUUAAAGAUACGAUGGAGAAGCACAACAAAAAAUUACAGGAAAAAAGUGACCAUAGCUAGGAAGUGGAAGAAUUUGCAUUGCCUUCUCCCCAUGAACAAAAGUUCAUGCAUUUUUAUUUUACACAAGAAUUUACCCUACACUCGUUUUACACGCAAGGAAGGAGUCUGUCCUGAGGAGAGCAGCUAUGUCUCCCCUCAGCGGGAGGAUACCUCCCGGGGGGCACACAUGAAACAGGUGAGUGAUAACCGCGAAGGAGCAGUUCCCAAUGUGGUGGUCACCCCGCAAAGUGGAAAAAGGAAUGGCACACUGAACAGGGGAAGGAAGGCCAAAAAUGGUAACCCGGCUCGCGUGCGCAAUGCGAAGGCGGAGGUAGGUAAGCUGGACGAACCAGAUCAAAUGAAUCACCCCUAUGAGGUUGAUCCCGUCCCGCAAGGUGCCUCCACACUCGAAUUGACCUACCACGAGGUACCACCCCAAGAAGUCCAGCACCUCCUCAAAAAAGGAAAAGAAAAUCUGUUUUGCAUUUUUAAGUCCAAUUUUAUAAACGAACACAAGGUAACCAUUGGUGAUAUUGUACAGACUGAAAAAAUGCAUCGCAGGAAAGCAGGAGAUGUGGUAUACUUCGGCACAGUCCUCCUCGUGGGGUCAAAAGAUUUUACCAUCAUUGGAAAGCCCACAGUGCCCUACUGCAGAGUGAAAGCCACUAUAGAGCAAAUAACCUUAAGUAAAGAAAUUUUAAGCUUUCGCUAUAAAAAGGUCAGGAGGUCAAGUAGGUUCCUUCGAAUCAAACACUGGCUUACCAUUCUCAAAAUUGAAGACAUUAUAAUUGACACAAAGGAACAAGUGAAAGAUGAACGGAAGAAGCCUUUGCAGAUUUUGGACCUAUGGGCAAAUCGGUGGCUGUACGAGAAGGAGUUGAAUUUUAUUAAGUUUAAUGAAUCGGGUACUGCCCCUUUGGCGGAACAGAUUUAUGAUCUAGUGGAGCACCAACCUAAUACUUUACAUCGGAGGGGACUUACCGAAUGCUACCGAUUUUACCCUGACCCGAACGUCCCGCACACGUAUUAG